UGAAGAAAACGUUUGGAAACUUUGUGACUACAUCAGGAGUCAGGAUCGAUACCCUUUAGAGGAAUUUUAUGCUGUUUUCAUAUCGAAUGAUAGGAGGAUGAUUCCACUCUGGAAGCAGAAAUCAGGACAUGGUGAUGAGCCUGUUGUCUGGGACUACCAUGUUAUUCUACUUCAUGUUUCCAGCGGGGAGCAGAACUUCAUUUAUGAUCUUGACACAGUGUUGCCAUUUCCAUGUCCUUUUGACCUGUACAGUGUGGAGGCCUUUAGGUUGGAUGACAGCCUUCAUCCAGAAUUUCACAGGAAAAUCAGAAUGAUUCGAGCAGAUUUGUAUUUGAAGACUUUUGCUUCAGACAGAUCUCAUAUGAAAGAUGCAAAUGGGAAAUGGCAGAAACCUCCUCCUGCAUACCCUUGCAUUGAAACUGCAGACUCCAAGAUGAACUUGGAUGAUUUCAUCAGUAUGAAUCCCAAAGUGGGAUGGGGCACAGUGUUCCCUCUUUCGGACUUUGUGCAUCGAUUUGGCAGACAGGCUGAUUACAGCUAUUCCUUGGAAGGACAGUGAAGUGAACAAAGUUCUCUCUGCUUCUGUUUAAAGUGUGUUUUGUUUUGCUGCUCUUACAUUGUAUUUAUGGUUUACAUUUCUUCACGUGGAAUAAGUAUUUGGGCAAAUAGAACACCCAAUCAGAAAUAUCAUGAACUGAAUAAAAACUUUUAUUUUGC